GAUGGGAACUAGGAGUGGAAGCUAUCCUCCUUUCUUUCAGCGGGAGUGCUCCUCAAGACUCAGCCCCACCCUUAGAAAAGAUGUUUUCCCUGAAGAUCUUUUGCCUGGCCCUGAGUGUGGUGGGCACAGUCUGGACUGGAAAUGUCCAGGAAGGUGAAUUUAUAGCUGAAGGAGGAGGUGUGCGUGGCCCAAGAAUUGUGGAAGGACAUCACUCUGUGUGCAAAGAGACAGACUGGCCCUUCUGCUCUGAUGAAGACUGGAACUACAAAUGCCCUUCUGGCUGCAGGAUGAAAGGGUUAAUCGAUGAAGUCAAUCAAGAUUUUACGAACAGAAUUAAUAAGCUCAAAAAUUCACUAUUUGAUUAUCAGAAGAACAAUAAGGACUCUAGUUUACUGACAGGGAAUGUAAUGGAACUUGUGAGAGGGGAUUUUGCCACCGGUAACAACAAUGAUAAUACAUUUAGCCAAGUGUCAGAAGAUCUGAGAAGCAGAAUUGAGAUCCUGAAGCGCAAAGUCUUGGAACAAGUACAGCAUAUCCAACUUCUGCAGAAAAAUGUCAGGGAUCAACUGAUAGAUAUGAAACGACUGGAGGUGGACAUUGAUAUUAAGAUCCGAUCUUGCCAAGGGUCGUGCAGUAGGGCUUUAGAACGUAGGACAGAUCUAAAGUACUACGAAGAUCAGCAGAAGCAACUUGAACAAGUCAUUGCCAAAGACUUACUUCCCUCUAGAGAUACGCAAUAUUUACCACAGCUGAAAAUGCGCACAGCUCCAGAUAUGAUUCCUGGGGAGUACAAGCACCAGCUUCAGAAGGCCCCUGCAGAAUGGAAGGCACUCAUGGAAACGCAGCAGAUGAAAAUAACGUUAGAGAGGUCUGGUACAGAUGGGAAUGCCCCAGGAGACUCUGUAUCGCAUGGAACGGGAUCAGUGCCUGAAAGCCCUAGGAAUCCUGGGAGCUCCACACCUGGAAGUUCUGGCACUUGGAACCCUGGGAGCUCCGGACCUGGAAGCUCGGGUGCUUGGAACCCUGGGAGCUCUGGACCUGGAAGCUCGGGCGCUUGGAACCCUGGGAGCUCUGGACCUGGAAGCUCUGGACCUGGAAGCUCGGGCGCUUGGAACCCUGGGAGCUCUGGACCUGGAAGCUCCGUACCUGGAAGCUCAGGCGCUUGGAACCCCGGGAGCUCCGGACCUGGCAGUGGCAGCACCUGGAACGCCGGCAGCUCUGGAGUUAGCAGUGCGGGUACUUGGAACACGGAGAGUGCCAGCUCUUGGAGCACUGGAACUGGCAGUGGCGGCUCUUGGAGCUCUGGAACUCCUCAGCCUGGAAGUUUUAGGCCAGAUAGCUUAGGGCAUGGGGACACCAGGCCUACCAAGCAAGAGUGGGGCACGUUUGAAGAGGUGUCAGGAAGUGUAUCUCCAGGGACAAAGAAAGAGUACCACACGGGCAAACUGGUCACUUUUAAAGGAGAUAAAGAGCUUCCUUUUGGUAAUGAGAAGGUCGCCUCUGGUAGCACGACCACCACUCAUCGUGCAUGCUCUAAAACUGUCACUAAGACAGUUAUAGGUCCUGAUGGUCGCAAAGAAGUGAUCAAAGAAGUGGUAAACUCCGAAGAUGGUUCUGAUUGUGACUUCUCCCAUGCUUUUUCUGGUAGCCUAGGGGAUCUCCAUUCUAGACACCCUGACUUGGCAAGUUUCUUUGAAUCUGCCUCAACUGGAAGCAAAUUUUCGAGUCUACUCACACCUACGUUAAGAGAGUUUGAAAGUAAGACCCAGUCUAUGGGCUCGGAAUCUGACAUAUUCACACACUUAGGGGAACACGAGCUCCCUUCCAGUGGUAAAACUUCAACUCACAGCAAACAGUUGGUAACCACUAGUAAGACUUACAACAGAGGAGACUCCACAUUUGAAAGCAAGAGCUUUAAAGUGGCAGGUGAGGCCGGAAGUGAAGCGGAACACGAAGUCAGAGGAGCAUAUACCACCAAAAGAGGCCAUGCUAGAGCUCGCCCUGCCAGAGACUGUGAUGAUGUCCUCCAAACACAUCCUGCAGGUGCCCAAAGUGGUAUUUUCAAUAUCAAGCUACCCGGAUCCAGUAAGAUUUUUUCUGUUUAUUGUGAUCAAGAGACCAGUUUGGGAGGAUGGCUUUUGAUCCAGCAAAGAAUGGAUGGAUCACUGAAUUUUAACCGGACCUGGCAAGACUACAAGAGAGGUUUCGGCAGUCUGGAUGACAAGGGGGAAGGAGAAUUCUGGCUAGGCAAUGAAUACCUCCACUUACUGACCCUAAGGGGCUCUGUCCUUCGGGUUGAAUUAGAGGACUGGGCUGGGAAUCUGGCUUAUGCAGAAUAUCACUUGAGGGUAGGCUCUGAGGCAGAAGGCUAUCCCCUGCAGGUCUCCUCCUAUGAGGGCACAGCAGGCGAUGCUCUGAUUGAGGGUUCCGUAGAGGAAGGAACAGAGUAUACUUCUCAUGCUGGCAUGCAGUUCAGCACCUAUGACAGGGAUGCAGACCUGUGGGAAGAGAACUGCGCAGAAGUCUACGGAGGAGGUUGGUGGUACAACAGUUGCCAAGCAGCCAAUCUCAAUGGCAUCUACUACCCUGGGGGCUCCUAUGACCCAAGGAACAACAGUCCUUAUGAGAUUGAGAAUGGAGUGGUCUGGGUUCCCUUCAGAGGUGCAGAUUAUUCCCUCAGGGCUGUUCGCAUGAAAAUCAGGCCCCUGGUGACCCACUCGGAGCAGAAGUGAGAGUAAUCUGUUUUCUUUGUUUAGUGAAGUGGAGAAAGAGUAAGGAAGAUAAAGGAGUCAAGAUUCUUUACAAUCUAUUAAAAAAUUCACAGGUGCUAUUUUAUUACUCUUUGUACUGUAUCCAAAUGUAACUGAGACAUUUUACUACUUAAAAAAAUAAAGUUAUAUGAGUUUUUUUAUCCUUAAA